CGAUAAACCAUAUAACUCAAUAACUUAUUGCUAGUUGCUAAAACUAACACUAUACUAAAUUAAUUGCUACUUGCUGGCCACGGUUUCUCUUGCUAUAAUGGUGUCAUUUCGCACCUCAACAUGCAGAACAAGCUUGACGAUUUCAACUCGUGGCGAAGACUCACUCGGCCAGCCAGGUGAGAGUGGUGGUUAACUGUGUAUCUGUGGUUACUGUAGGCCGGCACGCAGCCAUGGCCGGCGAUGAUGAGCAGCGGCCGCUGCACAUCCUCUUCUUCCCGUUUCCCGCUCCCGGCCACCUCAUCCCGAUCGCUGACAUGGCGGCGCUCUUCGCGACUCGCGGCGCGAAGUGCACAAUCCUCACCACGCCGGUCAACGCUGCCACCAUCCGCCCGGCCGUCGACCGUGCCAACGACGCUCGCCGUGGAACUCCGGAUUCCCCGCCCCCGUCGGCGAUCGAGAUCUCCGUCGUGCCCUUCCCUGACGUUGGGCUCCCGCCGGGCGUCGAGAACGCCACGGGCCUUAGCGGCGACGCCGACCGCGACAAGUUCUUUCACGCGAUCCAGCAGUUCCGCGAGCCCUUCGAGCAGUUCUUUGCCGGCGAAUGCCCUGACGCCGUCGUCGCCGACAGCCACUUCCAGUGGUCCGUCGACGCUGCCGCGGAGCACGGCGUCCCGCGGCUGGCGUUCCUCGGCACCAGCAUGUUCGCGCGGGCCUGCACCGACAGCAUGCUGCGCAACAACCCGCUGGCGUCUUGCCCCGACGCCGUCGUCUCCCUGCCGGGGCUGCCGCACCGCGUCGACAUGUUACGGAGCCAGAUGGUGGACCCCUCCAAGAGGCCGGAGAGUUUCGCCUUCUUCCAGCGCGUGAACGCCGAGGACCAGAGGAGCUACGGCGAGGUGUUCAACAGCUUCCACGAGCUGGAGCCGGACUACGUCGAGCACUACCGCACGGCGCUCGGCCGCCGCGUAUGGCUCGUCGGGCCGGUCGCACCAGCAGGCGGAGAUAUGGGCGCGACCAAAGGCGCCACCAGCGAGCUCUCGUCCGACGGCGCCGGCUGCCUGCGGUGGCUCGACACGAAACCGGCCGGCUCGGUGGUGUACGUCUCCUUCGGCACGCUGUCCAGUUUCUCGCCGGCCGAGCUGCGCGAGCUCGCCCGCGGCCUCGACCUCUCAGGGAAGAACUUCGUGUGGGUCAUCAGCCACGCAGGCGCAGGAGCAGACGCCGACACCGAUGCGCAACCGGAGUGGAUGCCCGAAGGCUUCGCCGAGCUUACCGCGCCGCCGGGCGGGCGCGGCUUCAUCAUCCGCGGCUGGGCGCCGCAAACGCUCAUCCUGAGCCACCCGGCCCUCGGCGCCUUCUUGACGCACUGCGGCUGGAACUCGACGCUGGAGGCCGUGAGCGCCGGCGUGCCGAUGGUCACGUGGCCGCGCUUCGGCGACCAGUUCUUCAACGAGAAGCUCGUCGUGGAGGUGCUCCAGGUCGGGGCCAGCGUCGGCGCCUGCGACUACGCGUCGUUCAUGGAGACCCAUCAUGGCGUGGUCCGCGCCGAGGUGGUCACUGAAUCCAUCGGGACUGUGAUGGGCGACGGCGAGGAGGGCGAGGCGAUACGGAGCAAGGCCAGGGAGCUCGGUGUCAAAGCUAGGAGGGCAGUGGGCAACGCCGGGUCGUCGUACGGCGAUGUUGGGCGGCUGAUGGAGGAGUUGAUUGCUCGCCGACGGACUUAAGGGUGGUUGGAGGAUAGACGUCGGAUUCUUCGCUUGGCAGCUUAGUUCUUGUCUUCGGUCUUCCGUCGUUUGCUUUUGUGCCAAAGUUGAGAAACUUUGUUGGUGUUGUUGUUAUAAACUGUAAUUUGUUGGUGUUGUUGUAAUAAACUGUAAUGGGCCGUUUUGGCUCUGGGGUGCACAUGCUCCCAAGCGAAUAGUAAAUUUAAAAUAAAUAGCGAAUAAAAUUUAAAAAUUCUUUUUCAUAGAUGUUCUUAUUAAUGUAACAAGCGUGCUUGAUAAUUUUUAUGCGAUACGAAAUGACGGUCCUUA